AUGUCUCUCUUCGACGUCGACGAAAAUCAUCGGUUGUCGCUGAGUAGAAUCGAAGCGGCGGUUCCUUUCCUCGACGAAGCGAAGAAAAUCGUGGGUUUCUCUCCUCGCCGACGAAGCAAAUCGGCGGUGGAUCUCGUCGAGGACAAAGCAAAUCGACGGUUGCUGCUCAUUAGAAUCGAAAGCCAGCAGGAGGUAGUCUUCGGUUUUGGACAAGAUACUGGCGAAGUAUCUUCAUCACAAGUGCCUCUAUCUGGCACUCAACGAAGUGAAGAUUCGCAUGUGCCUGAAGACUUUCCCGCAGAACGUAAAGAACGCAGAGCAUGGACACCGCCUGAUGACAUUCUGCUCAUCAGCUCGUGGUUAAACACGAGCAAAGACCCCGUUGUGGGGAAUGAGCAGAAGUCUGGUGCCUUCUGGAAGCGAAUCGCCGCGUACUUUGCUGCAAGUCAGAAGGUCGCCGGUAGUGAAGUGAGGGAGCAUGCCCACUGCAAGAACCGUUGGCACAAGAUUAAUGAUCAGGUGGGAAAAUUUUGUGGCGCGUAUGAAGCGGCAACCAGAGAGAAGAGCAGCGGUCAAAAUGAAAAUGAUGUGUUGAAGCUUGCUCAUGAAAUCUUCUUCAACAGCUACCAGAAGAAAUUCACGCUCGAGCACGCGUGGAAAGAGCUCUGCAAUGACCAAAAAUGGUGCGAGCUUUCAACUUCUAAAAGCGAGAGAAGCUCUAAGAGGAGGAAGUGUGACGAUGCCGCACAAUCAUCGACCUCACAAGCCACUGAAACCAACAAUGAUCAAGCAACGGCUCGCCCCCCGGGCGUGAAGGCUUCAAAGGGUCUUACUAAGCAAAAUACCAAGGCAGAGUUGAAGGCGGCGGCUGAGUUUGAUACCAUGUGGAGCAUCAAGAAGGAGGAUUUUGACAUGAAAGAGAGGAUGUCGAGGAUGAUGCUACUGGAAAGUCUUAUUGCAAAGCAAGAACCGCUUGCUGACUAUGAAGAAGCGUUGAAGAAAAAGCUGAUUUCCGAAUUGAUGUCUUAA